CAUAAAAACACGCGACCGCGUCACGUCGCUCGGCUGCCUUCUGCACAUGUCUGCGACCUUUACACAUCUCUGAAUGAAGAGUUGACUUGAUUUUUUUGGGGGGGGGGUCAGUUCAUGUCCAGCAGAUGACAAUGCUUCUUCUGAGGAGAGUGGUGCAGACGGCGGUGCGGACAAACCAGCGCCGGACAUUUUCUUCCUCACGGACUCACCUGAACCACAGGAAGGGUUUGGUGCUGGGAGUGUUUGAGAAGGAGGGAGAGGAGGGAAGUCUUCAUCUGACAGAGGCAGCUGCAGGAUUUGACCAGACCGUGUCUGGAAAACUCUCCGAUCUACUGAAAAUCUCUGGCCCAGCACUGACGAAAGGCAAAAGCAGAAUAUUUUAUGGAAUCCACAAGGACUUCCCCUGUGUAGCUGUCGUAGGCCUGGGUAAGAACAAUGCAGAAGUGUGUGGAGCAGAGAACUGGGACACCAGUAAGGAGAACAUCAGACAGGCGGUGUCAGCUGGCUGCCGGUUGCUUCAGGACCUGGAGGUGAAUCACCUGGAGGUGGAUGGCUGCGGUGAUGCCCAGUCAGCAGCUGAAGGUGCUGCUCUGGGCUUGUAUUAUUAUGACCAACUCAAAUCCAAGAAGAAAACCAAAGUGACAACGCAGCUUCACGGAAGUGCCGACUCGGUCGGCUGGGAGAAAGGAGUUGUGUACGCAGAAGGUCAAAACUUGGCAAGGCUUCUGAUGGAAGCUCCGGCGAAUCACAUUACUCCUACUGCCUUUGCCAACACCAUUGAAGAGAAACUAGCAGCGCACGCGGCAGGACGAGUCACGAUACAUAAGAGAUCUCAGACUUGGAUUGAGGAGCAACAGAUGGGAGCGUUUCUCAGUGUGUCGAGAGGUUCAGAGGAGCCUCCUGUUUUCCUGGAGCUACAUUACAACGGCUCACCUGACAGUACGCAGGCCCCGCUGCUCUUAGUGGGCAAAGGCAUCACCUUCGACAGUGGUGGUAUUUCUCUGAAGCCGUCUUCUUCUAUGGAUGAAAUGAGAGCUGACAUGGGCGGAGCCGCCACCGUGUGUGCGUCCAUUGUGACAGCGGCAGCCCUGAAACUGCCGGUCAACAUUAUUGGUCUUGCUCCUCUGUGUGAGAACAUGCCCAGUGGAAAGGCCACGAAACCAGGGGAUGUUGUAACAGCCAAGAAUGGAAAAACAAUCCAGGUCGAUAAUACAGAUGCAGAGGGCAGACUGGUUCUCGCUGACGCACUCUGUUAUGGACACAGCUUCAACCCCAGAGCCAUUGUCAACGUUGCGACACUAACAGGUGCAAUGGAUGUAGCUCUUGGCUCAGCAGCAACUGGAGUAUUCACAAAUUCUGACUGGCUCUGGGAGCAGCUGCACAAGGCCAGUGUUGUGACAGGUGACAGAGUGUGGCGGAUGCCUCUGUUCCAGCACUACACCCGACAGGUGACUGACAGCCAGCUGGCUGACCUAAACAACGUCGGCAAGUACAGCCGUUCUGGCGGGGCGUGCACAGCCGCUGCAUUCCUGAGAGAGUUUGUCACAGCUCCUCAUUGGGCUCAUCUGGACAUCGCUGGAGUGAUGAGUAACAAAGAUGAAGUACCUUACCUGAGGAAAGGCAUGUCUGGAAGACCAACGCGUACACUGGUGGAGUUUGCUGCCGGGCUGGUCCAUCACGGAUGAGAGAUCAAAAACAUACACGAUCUUCUGGCCAGAUUCAGCUGGGAUCUUUUCUGUCCACACAUAUUUGAAUUGUAUAAUGUCCUUAGAGGAACUAAUGAUAGAACGAUGAGAAAUUUUAUAUAUUUUGUGAGACAAGUUUGAUGGAUCUACUGUACAUGCAACACAUGUAUUACUACAAGACCAAGAAAAAAAACAACUGUGUGGAUGAAAAUGCGUACUACAUCGUUGUGAUUUCAGCUGAAAGUUCAGAUAAUUUAAAUGUUGUAUAAAUAAACUCUGUAGGUCUUUAAUAA